AUGAAAUUAUCUACCAUUGCAAUUUUAUUCGUGAUUCUUGGAGUCGCUAUCUAUAUACAAGCCAUGCCGACCCAUGAUGCACCCGACACGAUUCCGCAGACAAAACCGGUAGAAGCGCAGCAUCAGUUUCCAAAUCUAGAAGUGAUGGGUGAAAGGAAAAAGAGGUGCAAUUGGAAUUCGGAUCCAACAACAACAACGGCAGGGUACAGCGACCCAGAUUUUGGACAUCCCCCUAAAGCCUGGGAUCCCGUCGAACCAUUUGCAAAAAACAAUAAAUACUUUGGAACGACACGCAGCCCAAUAAGAAGAAGGAGGUCUAUGGAUGGCAUGAAAUUCAAUUACACAAUACUUAAAUAA